GUCCACAGAAGUUGCGUCCUGGCAGCACAGAGAGCCGCUUCAUCUGGAUUCAUGCUGCAGCUCCGCUCGCGCAGCCUCGUGUGUUCGGCGCAGCGGGACUUUUAAUCAGCCUGUUCGGAGGCGCAGCCGCGCUUGUCAUGCGCUAGAUCCGGACGCUUCCGCCGAGUCACCUGCGGCCGCCGACAACAGACGCCCGACACGGAGCCGCCGGAGCGAACCAUGGUCAGACUGGACUCCGUCAUCUGCACUUUGUCUGUGCUGUGCGUCGCAGCCGGAGCGGAGCUGCGCGCGCGGAACUGCAGCGCGGCGAGGGACGCGUCCGCCGGGAGGGGAUUCAGCUUCGCACAUGUGCCUCUCCAGGAGAUCCCGGGUGAGCACCUGCGGGUGUGUCCGCAGGGCAACACCUGCUGCACGGCCGAGAUGGAGCACGCCUUCGGCCAGCAGAGCAAGCAGGACUUCCUCAACCUGGUGGACGAGAUCAGCCACGACCUGAGGAGCACCUUCGUGUCCAGGCACCAGCGCUUCGACGAGUUCUUCCGGGAGCUGCUGGAGAACACGGAGAGAUCCCUGAACGAGAUGUUUGUCAGGACUUACGGCAAGCCCUACAUGCAGAACUCGGAGGUGUUUGAGAACCUGUUCGCCGAGCUGAAGCGCUACUACACAGGAGGCAACGUGAACCUGGAGGAGAUGCUCAACGAUUUCUGGACUCGGCUGCUGGAGCGCAUGUUCACGCUGCUCAACUCCCAGUACGUCAUCACCGAGGACUAUCUGGAGUGCAUCAGCAAGUACAUGGAUCAGCUGAAGCCCUUUGGAGACGUGCCCAAGAAGCUCAAGGCUCAGGUUACGAGAGCGUUCAUCGCCGCCCGCACCUUCGUCCAAGGCCUCUCCGUGGGCCGCGAGGUUGCUCAGAGAGUGUCCAAGGUCAACAGCACCCCGUCUUGUAUGCGAGCCCUGACCAAGUUGCUCUACUGCCCGUUGUGCCAGGCCAUGCCGGCGCUGAAGCCCUGCAGGAACUACUGCCUGAACGUGAUGAAGGGUUGCCUGGCCAACCAGGCCGACCUGGACCUGGAGUGGAACCAGUACAUCGAUGCCAUGCUGCUGGUGGCGCAGAGGCUGGAGGGACCUUUCAACAUCGAGUCUGUCAUGGACCCCAUUGAUGUCAAGAUUUCUGAGGCCAUCAUGAAUAUGCAAGACAACAGCGGCGAGGUUUCCUACAGGGUUUUCCAAGGCUGCGGGCAGCCGAAGCCCUCAGGAAUGAGGAGGUCGACCCGCGGCGUUCCGGACGUGUUCAACGCCCGCUUCAGGCCGUACAGCCCAGAGGAGCGGCCCACCACGGCCGCUGGCACCAGCCUGGACCGACUGAGGACGAUCUGGAAUGACAUGCAACACAGUGUGGUUGACAUCAAAGAGAAACUGAAAGGUUCCAGGAAGUUCUGGUCGCGGCUGCCGGAGGACUUGUGCGCGGGCGAGCGGAGUUCGCUUGGGAACCUUACGGAGGAGGAAUGCUGGAACGGGCACACCAGGGGCAGGUAUUUCCCGGAGGUGCAGAGGGACGGCCUGACCGGCCAGGUCAACAACCCGGAGGUCAGCGUGGACAUCACUCGGCCAGACACCGUCAUCCGCCAGCAGAUCAUGGCCCUGAGGGUGAUGACCAACAAGCUGAGGAACGCCUACAACGGCAACGACAUCUACUUUCAGGACUCAAGCGACGAGGGCAGCGGCUCUGGCAGCGGCAGCGGCUGCACCGACGUCUGCCCCACGGAGACGGACUCUCCUUCCUCCGAAGCUCCGGUGGUGGAGGCGGGUCGGAGCGGGCCGGUGGAGGACUCGGCCCGGCUCCUGGUGCCCUCCCUGACUCUGCUUCUGUCGGCGCUGGCACUUCAGCGCCACCUGAGAUAAUGACGGAGCAACCGGCUGAAGGACAGCGCUUUACUUUUCUAUUCCUAUUGCAGCUUUUCUCGUAGCCGGGAGCCGAACCCGUGUUCCAGCUGCGACCGGACUGAAGCAGUCAGAGGAAGUCACGCGCUCCGAUCCCCCUCUUUCCCAAAGAUCGUGCCGUGCCAUCCGGGCACCAUGUCGCCCAGCGACGUCGACAAACUCUCCGACAGACUGAGGAGAGCUACUCUGCACGUGCAAAAUCCUGCACUUUGAUCAAGAUGCCCACAGUGGAAUGUUUGGUCGUCGAGUGGUUGUUCAAGACGUGAUGAGUCCAUUGCCUUUCAAACCAUAGUUUAUUUUUCCAUUCAGCCAUAACCGAGUUUUUACCGCACUCUUGACAUUUUUUUCGCUUCAGAAUGAUCAGUGUCCACGACUGUGGCGGCUGCUGGAGCUGACGCUCGCGAGAACACGAGGCUGCUGGAGGAGAGUGGGUCAACAAUGGACCUCCUUCCUGAGGUCAGAUCAUCUGCUACUAGCUGAGAGAGGGACCACAUGUGGAAAAAUUGUGUUUUAUUAGAUGAAAUCCAACGUUCUAUUCAGACACAUCGAGGUCAAAACCUCCUCGACUGGCUUUGGAGGUGCAGUGGUUCUACUCUGAGUCUCUCCCAGGUCCUGAAGCUCCUGUCUCGAGUCCAAAAAUAAUGGGCCACAUGAUGUGGGCUUCAGUCAUGUGCUGAAGAAAGAGCUGAGCCAGAAGACAAAGCUGAGCAGUGGAUUUCUGCUCUCACCUGUGGUCACAAGCUCUGGAGAGACGUCUGGACUCGCACCAGACACAGUGGUGACGUGAAGACCAGACUGAAGGCCAGUCAGAGAGCUCCAAGUCCACGCCGCUAAACUGGCAACUCACCGCUGCAGGUUCAGCGAAUCACGUCGGAUAUGAGUUGAGAAAAGUAGCAUGGAGUUUCACAAAAACACUAGAGUUUGUAACACUUACUUCCAAAAAUCACACUAUCUUCACCUGAGAACAGUGGAUUUUCGCCAUCCACGUUUUUUUAUUUUGGUACUACAAGUUCUGUUUUCUUCAACUGGACGCUGGCAACUUUUAACGUUUGACCUGAUCGUUCUAUUCUUCUAUUAUUUAGGACAUUUGGUCCUCAACUCAUACGCUACAUCCCACUUCUGACACCAUUAGUCCCACACAUGAAUUACGUAAUGGAGAAGUAUCGUGGAGUUUCCGUCAUGAUUCUGACUGAAAUUGGUCGAUACUUUUAGAGUACGAUGUUCAAAGCAUAAAGUCGUUGAAUCACGUUCUCCUUUGAGGUGUUGUCAUGGGAGGGAUCUCGACUUGGUAAUUUAAUCCCUUAUUAGAUAUUAAUUACACUCAUGUAAUAACAGAAAUCUAAUAAACAAAGUGCAAUGUAGAAAGCAGGGAGUCGGCUCAUGCCGCACGACUCGGACUGGCCUGUUUGCUCACCUUCAACGCGCCACCGAUGGCGGACAGAAUCCGCCUCUGGUGCGAGUCCGGGGUCGGUCGCCCGGCAGCGACUCGGAUCGGAACCGCUGCACCUUGACAUUGAGAGAAGUGGAUGUGUCCAGCUCGGAGGAAGCCCUGGGGCAGACCCGGGGCAUGGAAGAAAGUGAAGCACAUAUAUUUGAAUGAAACUUGUCUGAAGAAGUUGCGGCUGGAAUUCGUUUGGAAAUGCAAAGAAAGUGGGUCUAAAUUUAUCAGCUGGGGCCGGCGUCUGCGGCACAGACAGGCUUCAAGUCGACCACAGCCACCUGUGAAAUGAGAAUCUGUGGAGAGUGGAGAGUGGACAGGCCUGAACGCUCCGCCGGAGCUCCUCAGCGGAGCGUGCUGACGGAGAAUGUGAGGGGCCUGGCGCCGCCGAGCCCAGCCUGUGCGUACAGCCAGUGUUCUCGAAGAGCCCGUCAGCUCCAGGAGCAGCCGGCCGGUCUCUCCUCUCCGUAUAUCCAUCACUCAUUGCUUUGCUUUCUGCUCGCAAGCUCAGCGCAAGAACAAAAGAGAACAGAGGGCUGUUGCUCAGAAGCACUCUUUAUUGUGACAGCAGAUUUCUGGGUCAUAUUUUUGCAGUAAAACUACAGAUAGAGUCAGCAUUUUAUACGUCACUGCGGGUGGUUUUGAGGAGGAGCAGGGAAGCAAAUAUGCCUUACCGUUCUCUCAGUGCACUUGUGUUUUGUUACUGUUCUUGGGAAUAAAUAUUUA